ACCUUCCUCCCUCAAGGUUUAGAAGUUUAAGAUUAAUUUUGGUUGUUCUAGGUUAGUUUGAAUAGUUUUCCCAAUUUCCGUUUCUUAAUCUUUCAUCUCUUCUCCCCAAUCUUGUGCAGUUCUCUGUUCCCCAGCGCCCAAUUCUUACUUUUCUUCCCUCAGUGCCUUAGAAGUCCACAUAUUAAAUUAGCAGUUUUGGAAUUUAAUUGCCAAAAACUGGGCUUUAGUUUACCUUUCUAAACUUCAACCUCUUCAAAUUCAGUUUCCGUUUUCCCCCACAACCCAGAAGCUUAAGUAAGAGGUCCUUAAGCCCAAGGAAGUCAAUGUCACUCAUGGCUGCUACUGUUGAUUCCUCCAAGGAGGAAGAGCAUUCAGAGACUGAUUCACGAUUGGGAGAAGGCCCAUGCCAAUUAUCUUCCUUAUUCUCCAAUUCUUCUCCUCUCGUCCCAACCGCAGAAAGUGGACGAAAUCCUGUUUAUUCAAGCACCCAUCUGUCGCGUAGUUCUAGAAGCAAUCUUCCUGAAACUCGUACCGAUUUUGGCAAAGUUGACGGAAAAGAAGGCGUUGAUAAGCAACCAGAAUCCUCCUCUCUCUCCCAGCUUGAGCAUCUCUGCCGAACCAUGUGUAGCCGUGGCCUACGCAAGUACAUAGUUUCUCAUCUAUCGGACCUCGCUCGCCUCCAUCAUGAAAUUCCGCUUGCUUUAAAAUGGGCUCCUAACCCGGCCAAACUCGUGUUCGAUUGCAUUGGCCGCUUUUAUCUUCAGGGAAGCAAAGCCUACACCAAGGUCUCUCCUAUGAUUCCUGCUAGACAAGCCUCCAUCCUCAUCCUAGAACUUUUUCUGAUCUCAGGUGCAGCUGAGACCAAAAAUGAUAAAAGAACAGAAAUUGAGUCCUCCUUGAAGGUGGAAGCUGACCUUGCUGCUAUUGCCUGGAGAAAAAGACUUAUUACUGAAAGUGGUUCUUGUCAGGCAAGCGAUAUAGAUGCCAGGGGUUUGCUUCUUUUUCUUGCGUCUUUCGGAAUUCCUACUGUAUUUACAAACGAUGAUUUAAGGGAUCUCUUACGAUCGAGUAACUCAAAGGGGCUAUCGAAUGCCCUUUGCCAUUCACAUUGUCUUCGUACGCGUAUUCCUGACAUUAUAAAGGGGAUGACGAAGAGCAGUAAGAAUAUUGAAGCUGUUGAUAUUAUUUAUGCUUUUGGUAUGGAGAAUGUAUUUCCACCACAGGAAAUUCUGUUGUCAUUUCUCCAAGAGUGUGAUGAAACGUGGAAAAAAAGAAUAAAUAAAGUACGAGGUUCAACCAUGCAACUGAGACGAGUGAGUGAAGAGAAAUUAGCUUCUCUGAAAUGUGUUCUCAAAUGUUUGGAAGAUCACAAAUUGGAUCCAGUGAAGUCUCUUCCUGGAUGGAAAAUUCACGAAAUGAUAAAGAACUUGGAGAAGGAUAUUGUGGAACUCGGAAAAAGAAUGGAAGAUAAUGCGAGUCUGAAGAGAAAAACAGAUGAAGCUUCCACACAGAAGUAUCUGAGUCAAGAAAUAAAGCGGUCACGAAUGUCCGCAAAUAAAGGAGGAUUCCCUGUUAUGUCUUAUCCAGUCAAUGGCUUGUUGGAACAAAAUGCAACUACGUUUUUGGAGGACAAGAGCUGUUUUAGUACUAGUAGUAGUUCAAUGCCACUAAAGUUAUUGGAUGGUGGACGUGCUUCUCAGUUAGGUAAUUACCAAAUUGCUUCGUCUUUGCGUGGACCUGGUUUGGUUGAAACUACAGUUUUGCCUGCCGAUAUUAUUGGUAGUGGUAUCUCCAAUGCUGCCGCCCCAUUCCCCAGAGGAAUGGGAUGGGGAAGGGGAAGGGACAGCAACGAGGCGUCCAUUUACAAAAUGGGGCCAACUCGUGAGUUUGCUUACAAAGAUAUAUCAGUUGGGCAAAGCUUUAUUCAACAAGCUAUGCCUACACUUGCAACAACCCCUACGCCACCGCCAACAACCGUGGAGCCUUAUUCAGCCGUAUAUGGGUUCAUGGGACACUCGACGAGCAAUAAUUUUGAUCUCUAUCAUUUUGCUGAUGCAGCAGUGUUCGAAAAUGAUCUGCCCAAGAACAGAAGCACUCAAACUGGCACUUUGUCUCGUCUUCGGCUGCCCCAUCAUCACCAUCCCUCCUACUUUUACAAUUAAUACUAAACGUUUUCAUUUCAAUAUAUAAUGAAAACAGCUGGGUCGACUUCAUCUUUUGGUUAGGAUUGUUGAAACACAGUUUCUUGUCUCAGCUGCAAAGCCUUGGGUGUAUUAUUAGUCAUUAGAUUUGCUAGGCAGGCUGGCUGGCAGAAUGUUCUUUGCUCACUUAUGCAUAUGAACUUACAUUUUGGUUAUAACAAUGCUCUUCACUCUUCCUGUUCAAAACCACUCUUUAUUUAUGGGUUGUUACAGUCACAUCCUUGUAUUUAAUAAUUUGAUCAUCAACCCCUCGAGAUUCUAAAUUGAUGUUAUUAAACUCUUAAAUAUUGCAAAAUGGUGUACCAA